UAUAUCUCAUGAAAGUUAACAAUUAUUUUUAUAUUCAUUUCCAGUAUAUGUUUCCCAAAUGGUCUGGAUGCACAAACGCAAUCUGACAAUGUUGAAUGAAUUCAUCCUAAUAGGAAUCACGGACCUCCCUGAGCUGCAGGAUCCAUUAUUUGGACUCUUCCUCAUUGUAUACAUGGUCUCAGUGGUGGGUAAUCUGGGCUUGAUCAUCCUCACCAAGAUAGACUCCAGGCUGCAAACACCCAUGUACUUUUUCCUUAGAUACCUGGCUUUCACUGAUCUUGGUUAUUCAACAGCUGUGGGACCCAAAUUGCUAGUCGACUUGGCUGUAGAUGACCAUGCAAUCUCUUAUAGCUGGUGUGCUGCCCAGCUGACUGUCUUCGGUGUGUUUAUCAUCAGUGAACUUUUCAUUCUGUCUGCAAUGGCCUAUGACCGCUAUGUGGCCAUCUGUAACCCCCUGCUCUACACAGUCAUCAUGUCCCAAAGAUUAUGUCAGGCACUCGUGGCAAUCCCCUAUCUCUACAGUGUCUUUUUGUCUUUGCUGACCAUCAUAAAAAUUUUUACUUCAUCAUUUUGUGACUAUAAUGUCAUUAGGCACUUCUACUGCGACACUCAGCCACUGAUCUCUUUGCUCUGCUCAGAUACACUGGAGAUUAAGUUGAUAAUUCUGAUCUUUUCAGCUUUUAAUUUGGUUUCAUCUCUUCUGAUAGUCCUUGUGUCCUAUACUUUGAUCCUGGUCGCCAUCCUCAAGAUGAACUCUGCAGAAGGCAGGCGCAAGUCUUUCUCCACCUGUGGGUCUCACCUGACAGUGAUAGUCAUAUUCUAUGGUACUCUGUUCUUUAUGUAUGUGACGCCCAAAUCCAGUGAUUCAUUUGAUGCUGAUAAGAUGGCUUCUUUAUUUUAUGCUUUAGUAAUACCCAUGCUAAAUCCUAUGAUCUACAGUUUGAGGAACAAAGAGGUGAAAAAUGCCUUACUUAGAACCUGGAGAAUGUGUGCAAUUAUUCUACUUAAAAUUGACUGUAGGAUAUGCUAA